AUGACCAGUGCACCAUGCGCACACAAAUCCACCAUUUCAUUCCGAUUCCCAUCGUCGUCUGGGAGUCUGUCCCCUCCUCCCAUCCUACCAUUGUUGCCCGAUCUGGCGUAUCAAAACCAACCAGGGCCCUCCAACCCCUACCUCGCCCUCCCGCCGCCUGAAGACGAGAUCCCCGACCUUGACGAGUUACCCUCUGAACAACCACCCUUGCCCCCACCUACCACGCCUGCUUCUACCAUGUCAGGACACCACCACAUGACCCUCGCUGCCAACCCCCCCUACUUCAAUGGGGACAAAUCCAAAUAUAUGGGCUUUGUGGACUCGUGCACCACCUACAUCGGUGCCUAUUGGUCGGAAUUCUCGCAGGAUGAGACAAAAAUCCUCUUCAUCCUCUCGUACCUCCGUAACGAGGCUGGCACAAGCUGCGCCGCCUCGAGAUGGGCAAUGAACUAG